AUGGAGCCGCCAGGAUUCGGCUCUGACGUGCCGCACUGCUCGACCGCAUUUGCCUCCAGCAAGGUGCCAACUGCAUUCUUCCCAAAGUCUUUUUCUCCGGCCAUGCUUCCUGGGCCCGCGACGUACUUUGCCGAGCCUCCUGUCAAGACCAGUGUCGAUAGGCUUCUUCCGGCUUUCCGCUCCGCCACGGCCCGCUUCGCUGAUGGGGACGAUGUGACCAGCCCGGGUCCGGGUCACUACCCGAGCCCGUCGAACUUUCCUGAGGACAAGAUCCGGCGAGCCAG